AAGAAUGAGUUAGGUUUCAUCCCAAAAAAAGCUCAAUGUGCCCGGUAGGGAGUAGGAGCGAGGACUUGAAUUGCAAGGAAAUAAGAUCCGCAGCACUUAGUAAGCAGGUGUAAGCACUGCAGCACUGAAAAGGAAACGCCAGCUUUGUGGAGCUCACAUGGAAAGUGGUGACAGACCAGAAGAACAAUUGCACAACUGUGAUGUAGCUGCCUCAGGUCCAUGCUGUUGGCUGGAGCAGUAGGUUGAGUCUUUCUGAACUAUGCCAAGAAAAAGAAAGCUGUUGGCUCAAUUAAGUGCUCUUCAAAACACCAGCAGCUUCCCUCAGAUCGAUGCUGUGGAGCAGCUGAACACUACACCUGGAGCAGAUCCUUCUCCAAAAAGCAGCAAAUAUUUUGUGAUAGAGAAAAAAAAUUCUCCUCAGCUACAGGAAGAUUUUUUCAACCAGCCCUGUGUUAGUCUGGCCAAAUCCUUUCUGGGACAGAUUUUAGUUCGCAAACUUCCUGAUGGCAGAGAGCUCUGGGGCAGGAUUGUUGAAACAGAAGCUUAUCUGGGUGGGGAAGAUGAAGCUUCCCACUCGAAAGGUGGGAAGCAAACACAACGGAACGCAGCAAUGUUCAUGAAACCAGGAACUCUGUACGUGUAUCAGAUCUAUGGGAUUUAUUUCUGCAUGAAUGUUUCCAGCCAAGGAGAAGGGGCUGCAGUGCUGCUGCGUUCCCUGGAGCCUCUGCAGGGCUUGGAUGCCAUGAGGGAGCUGCGCAGCGCCUCCAGGAAAGCACCCAGCAGGCUGCUCAAGGACUGGCAGCUCUGCAACGGGCCCUCCAAGCUCUGCCAGGCCUUUGGCAUCGACAAGGCUUUUGACCAAAGGGACCUGACUCAGGAUGCUGCCAUCUGGAUGGUGCCAGGACAGGACCCGCCGGGGGAGCAGGACGUGGUGGCCACCACCAGGAUUGGCAUUGGCAACAGGGGAGAGUGGGCACAGAAACCACUCAGGUUUUAUUUACGAGGAAACAGAUUUGUGAGUGUUGUAGACAAGAAAAUAGAGAGAGAGAUGGCAGCAAGGGGACAUUCCCCUGGCAGCUGACAAGUCUUGCAAGUGUCCCGGGGACCAGGACUUGAGCUGUGCUCUGUACAAUGGCCUCAAGCUGCAUCAUGGCAGACAGAGGGGCUUGGGGGGGUUUUAACAAUAAAUGUACUUUGUCACAAUGAA